CGCUCGGUGUUAAAUGCUGCAGUGUGAACUUUUAGAUAGAGGUCAUGUUGUUGGUGUUGGCGGUGCUCCUGUUGUGCUCCGGAGCAGCAGCACUACUAAAUAACACCGACACGCGGAGUAAAUCUCCGUACCUCCGCCUGCCCGUGUUCGUGCACUCCAGGCUGCCGCUCGUGCACAAAGAGUUCUUCGAUCCGACGGCAGGAACCGGACUGGAGACUCUCCCCGGACAGGUCCGGGACAUCCUGCUCCCGGUGCUACCGGGAACCGGCGCCCCGAGAGUUCCGGUGGAACCGGUCAGCAUCAGGUGCAGCCGGAACAAGCUGCAGGUUCGAGUCCGGAAGAGUGUUUUAGGGCCCGGUACCUCUCAGUACCACCUCAGACUGGGAACCUGCAAUGCCAGCCAGUACUCCAGGGACUCUAUUGACUUUGAUCACGACCUGGACCUCUGUGGAACCACGCGCACGGUGAUCAAUAACCAGAUCGUUUUUUCAAACGUUCUGCAUUAUGACCCACCGAGAGGUCCGGGACCCAUCCGGAGAACCGGUGCCUUCAUGGUGCCGGUGGUCUGUCACUAUAACAGGUAUCAUUACUCCUAUAAAAUUGGCUACAGGCCCAAGAUACGGCUGAGAAAGAUCCAUAAACCGAUGAAGAACCGAGAAAAACUCAUUCUGACUGCUCGAAACGCUGAGUGGGAAAGGCUUUCUGCAUCAGAUCACUAUUCCCUUGGGAAGCCGAUGUAUUUCCAGGCUGAGGCUCCAUCCGUGUCCCAACAUGAACGACUGUACAUCCACAUGUGUUACGCAACUCCCAGGAACCCUCGCACCUCCACACCUCAGUUUCCAGUUGUGGCAAACUUUGGGUGUAUGGUUGAAAGCAAGUACAGUCACUCCAGAUUCAUCCCAUACAAAAAUAACAUUGUGCGAUUCACUGUGGAUUCAUUUUUGUUCAAGGGGAUAACAUCUCAAUUGCCGCAGGAACAGCGGCUUUUUCUGGAUUAA